UUCCCUCUGACGCACCGUAGCUGGUUGUUCACGCAGCUUUUUACGCUUACUUGAUCAAGAAAUCAGAAAACUAUCAAAACAACGUGAGAGUGUGGACAGUCCUGCUCCGUUAUUGAAUCUGUGCUGGCAGCGACGGUUUUCUGUCACCAUGGACGGUAUUCCCAGACCUCUGCGGUGCUUCGAUGAGCAGCAUCCGGCAGAAAUGUUUGUGGAUGACGGGGUGGAAACGGUGACUUCAGCGGAGCAGAAAAAAGUGGAACACGCCAUUGAAGAAACCAUCAGUGUUUACAAGCAGAUACACAGCUUACCACAGCCAAUGUUGUUGCGGGACCAACAUUACCAGUAUCUCAAGAAGGGUUUACGUCACCUAUCGGAUGCUUACGAGUGUCUGGAUGCGAGCAGACCGUGGCUUUGCUUCUGGAUUCUUCACAGUCUGGAGUUACUGGAGGAGCCCAUUCCUCCGGCCGUCGCGUCUGAAGUGUGUCAGUUUCUGGCACACUGUCAGAGCUCAACAGGGGGGUUUGCUGGAGGACCGGGGCAACACGCCCACCUCGCACCCACCUACGCUGCCGUCAACGCCCUCUGCAUCAUCGGCACAGAGGAGGCCUAUAGUGUAAUAGACAGGGAGAAGCUUUUAGAUUUCCUAUGGUCAUUGAAGCAACCGGACGGCUCCUUUGUGAUGCACAUCGGAGGGGAGGUGGAUGUCAGGAGUGCUUACUGUGCAGCUUCUGUAGCGUCGCUCACAAACAUCAUGGCACCUAAACUGUUUGAAGGUACAACCAACUGGAUCCUCAGCUGUCAGAACUGGGAAGGGGGUCUGAGCGGCGUUCCAGGCUUGGAGGCACAUGGCGGUUACACUUUCUGCGGUAUGGCCGCCCUCGUCAUCCUGGGCAAAGAACACAUGCUGGAUCUAAAGGCCUUGCUACGCUGGGUGGUCAGCAGACAGAUGCGAUUUGAGGGAGGUUUCCAGGGUCGCUGUAACAAACUGGUGGACGGCUGCUACUCCUUUUGGCAAGCUGGACUCCUGCCUCUUCUCCACAGAGCCUUAUUCAACGAUGGGGAGUCGGAGCUCAGCCGGCAGUGGUGGAUGUUCGACCAGCAGGCCCUGCAGGAGUACAUCCUCCUGUGCUGUCAGAAUCCAACAGGGGGGCUUUUGGAUAAGCCUGGCAAAUCCAGAGACUUUUACCACACGUGUUACUGCCUCAGCGGCCUCUCCGUAGCACAGCACUUUGGGAACAUGGAGCAUUAUCACGAGGUGAUCCUUGGCAAGGAGGAGAACCGGCUGGCUCCCACUCAUCCAGUUUACAACAUUUGUCCUGAGAAGGUGGCUCAGGCCGUGCAGCACUUCCGCCGGUUGUCCGUUCCCGACUCCAGCAGGCAGGCGGGCCCUUCUGCUGACUCCGAACCAUCGGAACCAGCCUCUCCUUCUGCCGGGCCUCAGUCAUAGGUCGUCCUAGUAGCAGUCCUGGUACGUUGCUUUCGACCUCCAAACUCUGGGUGCUGAACUUGAUCCAAGUAGGGACUGGUAUGGAUGACUAAGGGAGCACACACGACGACGGACCCACAGUAGAGACGAGGGCUGGAGUUUAGGAGCAUUUUUCUUGCAGUAUUAUACGGACAAAUUCAGAGGAACUCUUGCCCAUGUUUCAGAUGGUUUUUGUCCUAUGAAAGGAUAUUGUAACUUUGUAAGAUUUCAGUAUCACCUGACUUAAUAAAGGUUUAUACAGCA